CAGUCAAGCCUUGACAAGUACUCAACGUCGAUGGCCUGUAUAUGAACGUGAAGCUUUUGCUAUCUUCCGUUCCUUGGAGAGAUUUAGGAAUAUUCUAUUGGGUUACCCCUUGGAGCUUAUUGUCUUCACGGACCACAAACCUCUAACGUUCUUGGAGACAUCGACGACACCUAAAGUACAGCGUUGGAUGUUGAGCCUCUGUCAGUAUUCUUUUUCUAUCCAAUAUCGGCCUGGUAAGGAUAACGUGGUCGCUGACGCUUUAUCACGACCACCUUCGGCCCGUUGUGAACAAGUACAAGAGGGAGAGGCUUCGCCACACCCUGCGGCUAUGUUGUCGCCUCUUUGUUUGGGAUGUGGCUUGGUGGACGACUUGUCUUUGGAUAUUUUGAGAUCUGAACAAAUGGCUGACUGUGAUUUGGGACCAUUGAGGAGAAGGUUGCUUGGACAAAGUUAUGAACAUGACCAACGCCUUUCUAGAUAUAUUUCUAGGCUUAGAAGAUUUUCUAUGGUGCAGGGAGUAUUGAUGUAUAGAUUGGACGUUGGGCCUUCAAUGCAACCAAACUUGGUCCCGGUCUUACCCUCCUCUUUGAAGGAUCGUGUGUUGCAUGAGGUUCAUCAGAAUCAGGGUCACCAGAUGUAUCGGUCCUGCUUAUUGCGGUUACGAUCGUCUUAUUAUUGGUUGGAUAUGGAAGACGAUGUGAGACUUCAUAUUUAUUGUUGUCCGGUCUGUUCUCCUGAGGAUGACCCUCAUGUGUUCCGUCCUGCUAUGAUGGCCACUCCUGCUGUAUUUGCACUGGAUGAAUCCCCAAGCCGUGUUGCUGAACAAAUGUCGGUAUCGGAGCCCCAACUUCUGGUUGAUCAAACCCUAUUGGUUACUGGAGUUCGGCCCGUUAUUCCUUCGACACUGGUAACGGCAUGCGAAGAGUGGUCCACCGAUGAUAUCAAUCAGCAACAAGAUGAAGAUGCUGUAGUAUGCCUGGUGAAGCAACGGCUUCGAGAUCAGCAAUCCUUUGGUCGCACAGCUAUGAAGGAUCCUGCCUUUCGGCCUUAUCGGAAGCUUUGGUCGGUGUUAUUUUUGGAUGAGUCCGGUUUACUGGUGCGUAUGGUAAAGUAUCUCCCGGAAGAUGAGAAACACUUUGUUCCGGUUAUUCCAGACUCUAUGAGGAGACCCUUGUUGUAUAAGUUUCAUGACAUGGGCGGUCACUUCGGUAAGCAACAUAUGUGGGAUCGUAUGCGAAGGC